CGGAGAUAUUUUCCAUUUUGAGAUAGUGCGGCGAAUGGCGGAGACGGACGUCGGAAGCGUGAAGGGGAAGGGGAAAGGAUCAGGAAAUGGCUGGAUUUUGCUGAUCGGAGCUAUAGCUGCCGUUCUUUUAGCCGUCGUGGCUGCUGUGUUUUUGAAUACUCAGAAUGCGUCGAUUUCUGAGUUUACCGGAAAAAUUUGCAAUUGCCGUCAGGCUGAGCAGCAGAAGUACAUUGGGAUAGUUGAAGACUGUUGUUGCGAUUACGAGACUGUGAAUCGAUUGAACACGGAAGUGUUGCAUCCUUUGCUUCAAGAUCUUGUUAAGACACCAUUUUACAGAUAUUUCAAGGUUAAACUGUGGUGUGAUUGCCCGUUUUGGCCUGAUGAUGGCAUGUGUCGAUUAAGAGACUGUAGUGUUUGUGAAUGUCCUGAAAGCGAGUUCCCUGAAAUAUUUAAGAAGCCAUUAAGCCAAUACAAUCCCGUUUGUCAAGAAGGGAAACCACAAGCUACUGUUGACCGUACGGUAGACACAAGAGCUUUCAGGGGUUGGACUGUCACAGACAAUCCCUGGACAAGUGAUGAUGAAACUGACAACGAUGAAAUGACAUAUGUUAAUCUUCGGCUAAAUCCUGAACGGUACACUGGCUAUAUUGGCCCAUCAGCUAGAAGGAUAUGGGAUGCUAUAUACUCUGAGAACUGUCCCAAACAUACAUCUGAAGAAUCGUGCCAAGAAGAGAAGAUCUUGUACAAAUUGGUCUCUGGUAUUCACUCAUCUAUUUCAGUCCAUAUCGCUUCAGAUUAUCUACUUGAUGAAGCUACAAACUUGUGGGGUCAAAACCUGACUUUGUUGUAUGAUCGUGUGUUAAGAUACCCAGAUCGCGUCCAGAACCUAUAUUUCACAUUUUUGUUUGUUCUUAGAGCAGUAACAAAGGCAGAAGAUUACUUGGGAGAGGCUGAAUAUGAGACUGGUAAUGUCAUUGAGGACUUGAAGACCAAAUCUCUGGUGAAGCAAGUAGUUAGUGACCCCAAAACCAAAGCAGCUUGUCCAGUACCAUUUGAUGAAGCUAAGCUCUGGAAAGGCCAACGUGGACCAGAACUGAAACAGAAAAUACAAAAACAGUUCAGAAACAUAAGUGCAAUAAUGGACUGUGUAGGCUGUGAGAAAUGCCGUCUAUGGGGAAAGCUCCAAAUUCUUGGUCUCGGCACUGCAUUGAAAAUCCUGUUCACUGUCAAUGGUGAAGACAAUUUGCGACAUAAUCUCGAAUUGCAAAGGAACGAAGUGAUUGCACUGAUGAAUCUUCUCAACCGAUUAUCUGAAUCGGUUAAAUAUGUUCAUGACAUGAGUCCUGCGGCUGAGAGAAUUGCAGGACAGGCAUCUCCAGGGAACAGCUUUUGGAAGAGAAUAAUGACAUCUUUAGCGCAAAUAAAAGCUGGGUAUGGGAAGAGUAGCUAGAUCAAUGAGGUUGAUCAAGCAAAGUGAUGGCGGGAGAGUAUGAUACGUUGUUGUAAAGUAAGAGAGUAUAAAAUUGCAGGAAAACAGUUAUACAAAGCCCUCGUUGAUUGGAUAGCAAACCUCGUGGAACAUACUUAUCUUGUUUGAUGCCAACCCUAAGCUGAGACCUUUUAUGCUUUACUGAUUCAUGUGAAUUUUAGAGAAUCUUACACGAACAAAAAAAAAAAGGAUUGUAAGAAUCUUGAAACUGAUUACAGAGAAUUGGAAUGGAUAGAAAACUUGAUUGAACAGAGAA